UAAAAAACAUAUUAAAUAUUAUGAAUUUGAAGAUUUUAAAAAUAUUCAAGAAAUUGGUUCCGGAGCAUUCGGAAAAGUUUUUCGUGCAAAUUGGAAAAAUUUUGAUAAUUAUUUAGCGUUAAAAUCUUUUUAUAAUCUUAAUAAAAUUACUUUGAAAGAAAUUAUUCAUGAGCUUAAACUUCAACGAGAUGUAGAUUUUCAUGAUAACAUUAUUCGCUUUUACGGAAUUACAAAACAUGAGUCAGGUAGAUAAUAUACUUAAUCCAACAAAAGAUUAUUUAUUAGUAAUGGAAUACGCAAACAGUGGUGCUCUUCGUGACUAUUUGAAAAAUUAUUUCCAUAGACUUACCUGGUAUAAUAAAUACAGUUUGGGAUACCAAUUAGCUUGUUCUGUAUUAUGCCUGCAUGACGAAGGGAUUGUUCACCGGGACUUGCAUUCCUGUAAUGUGUUAGUUCAUCAGAAUUCCAUUAAGUUGGCAGACUUUGGGUUAUCAAAAAGGGUUGAUGAAUCAUCUAAUUCACAAUCAAGACUACGUGGUAUGAUUCCUUAUAUCGAUCCGAAAGCAAUAACGGACAAUUUAAAACUAAAUGAGAAGAGCGAUGUAUAUAGUAUUGGUGUAUUGUUAUGGGAAAUAUCAAGUGGGAAACCACCAUUUCAUGAAGAAAAUUAUGAUCUUAGUUUAAUGUAUAAAAUUUCACAAGGUCGAAGAGAAGAAAUUAUUUCCGAUACUCCUAAUGAUUAUUCUGAUCUUUAUACUGAAUGUUGGAAUUGUGAACCAAAUGAACGACCAUCAAUACAUGAAGUUGUUAAUAGAUUAAGAAUAUCUCUAAAUUCAAGUAGCACAACAAUUUAUCAACAAAGUAUGUUUAAUCACAUUAUUCCUACGUCAAAUGAAAGUUUAAUUCCAAAUAGUAUAGAAAAUUCAUUGCAUGGAGAAUUAUCUCAAAUGAUUCAAAAAUUCAAUAAUACAAAUGCAAAUGAAUUAUUUAUGAUGUCUACAAAUAAUCAAAUUAAUAUAAAUAUUUCAUUUGAGAAGAAUUUAAGUAUAGCAGUUGAUGAAAUAGUUGAUCUUAUUUUUAGGGAAGAAAAUAGAAAAGAUGAGUCAAAACAGCAUGUUCUUGAUUAUCUUAAUAACCAUAAUAUAAAUUCAGAAGAAAUCUAUAAUUGGCUAUCAUAUAACCAAACCAAUUCAAAUUCCAAUUUUUUACUUGGAUAUUUUAAUUAUUUUGGAAUUGGAACACCCGAAAAUAACGUGAGAGCAUUGAAUUUAUUUAUUAAUGCAUCGGUACAGGGUCAUAUAUUAGCACAAUAUUAUGUUGGAAAUUGUUAUGAAUUUGGACAUGGAAUGAUUACAAAAGGUGAAAAAUCAGCAUUUGUAUAUUAUGAAAAAAUAGCUAAAGAUUGCUAUGCAAUGGGACAAUUUAAAUUAGGUUGUUUUUAUAAUUUUGGAAAAUGUGUUGAAAAAGAUUUUAAAAGAGCUUCUAAUUGGUAUAAUAAAGCUGCAAAUAAUGGACAUUUAAUAGCUAUUUAUAAUCUUGGGAUUUUAUAUUUAAAUGGAAAAGGUGUUGAUAAAAAUCAUCAAAAAGCUUUUGAAUUAUUUAAAAAAUCAGCUGAAGGAGAAUAUUCAAGCGGAAUAAUGAUGUUAGGAUAUUGUUACAGUGACGGAAUUGGAAUAAGUAUUGAUAAAAAAAGGGCAGUUGAAUUACAUCAAAAAGCCGCAAAUUUAGGAGAGGAUGUUGCACAAUAUAAUCUUGCUGUUAUGUAUGAGAAGGGAGACGGAAUCGAAGAAGAUAUGGACAAAGCAAUUUAUUGGUAUGAACAAUCUGCUAAACAAGGAUUUCAAAAAGCUCUAAAUAGGUUAAUAAUACUUAAAAAAAAUUAGAAACAAUUAAAGGUAGUAUUUUCUUUUUUUUAAAAAUUAUCUUUCCAAAUAUAAGAAUUUAGUUAAUAAAUUAUUAUGUAAUGUUUAUUUUUAUGAUAAAAUUAAUAUUUAUACCUAGUAUAAUGAACUAAUUAAUUUUCCAUUAAAACAUUUAAAAUGAUUUUCCUUUUGAAAAAGAAAAUAAUCGAUAUAAUGUUAUUAAGGAAAUAUUCUAGUACAGUAUAUCGCAACAAAAGCAUUUCUUAAACAAAUUAAGAUAAAACGAAACAUAAAUGCUAAAUAUUCUUGAAGGUUUGAUUUAUCUAAAAUAGUGUUCAAAC